AUGGACGAGAAUUAUCCGGCUCCCGAUAUUUUAGAAUGGUUAGAAUCUGCAAAGGAACGUUGUAAAUUUGAUAUGGACACGCAAAUCAAAAUUGUCGGGAUGAUUGGAAAAGAGUACAUUGAUCAUGGAAAAGCGGAAAAUAUAAAUAAUUUUAUUGAAGAUAACGUAUUUUUGGAAUGCCAAAGUAAUGAAACAUUAUCGAUUCGUGUCCAUUAUAGCCGUAAACAUCAGAUUCUAUUUCUUUUAAUGAAUGGAAUUGACGACAUGGCCAAUUUAAGAAAGGUGUUCAUCGAAGAUCCAAAUCGCCAUAAGAAGUCAUAUUUUGAAUGUUUGCGUGAAUCCAAUGACAAACAAAUUCGAAUGAUGGCGUUCAUGUUCUCUGUUUGCCAUUAUAUUAUUAUCUCGGAAGACACUUCUCGUCUAGAUCUGGAACUAUAUCGUUUUUUGAAAGAUGUUUCUGAUUAUAGAGAAAAAAUUGCACCGGACCUUGAAGAAUGUUUGGUUGAGGCAAAAUUGAAAAACACUUGGUUCACAACUCGGUCGAUUUCAUCAAAAGAACGAGAAGGACGUUUGGUAGUCCCGAGAGUACUUGUGGUUUUUCAUCGUAACAACGUGAGAAUGGAAUUAGGAGCAGUGAAAAAACGAGAAAUUUACGAGAAACUUGAGAAAAGCUUGGAUACUCAGCUAAGCGAUUUAUUUCGUAACUUUGGCCUCACCGAAAAUAAAGCAUCAAGGUAUUCGCUGUUCCAUAUAAACGAGAAUCUCCCAUUUGUCCAUUUACUCAAUCCACAUAUGGUUCAAAGAGAUGUUCUGCAAGAAAUGUUGGAAUAUUACACUCAGGAUCCAGCGAAAAGAGACUUUCCACAACUCGCUACGAGUAAUUCUUUUGUCAAAUUUCUCGAAGAGAAUCUUCGUUCGGAGAGAAAUGUAGCGAUCUUGGAAAACGUUAUAGAAGGAAUGGAGGCCCUCAAGGGAAUCUUAACAGAAUCUAACUUCCAUAUGAUUUCGGGCCUAGAUAUGUUCAAUAAGCAUUUAAAGUUUGAAAAACGAUUAAUGCAUGAAAUUGUAAAUCGUGCGGUCGGUUAUUACCAGUGGUCAACUCUAUCCCAGAAAAAGCGCGUAUUUCAGCUCAGCAGCCGGGAAGUAGUUCGAACUAAAACAGAACAUGAUGCAAAGGUUGUCGAGGCUAUUAAAUAUGUCAAAUGCGCAAUUGGAAGUAAUGUAGAUAAAGCCAUCGAGAAAACAUUAGAAGGGUGUGAUAAUCUGUGGCAGAAGGACUUACGAGCAUGCGAACAACGUUCUCUUACUGGAUAUUUUUGCGUGAAAAAAGUGCAUCCUUGUAUUGAAGAUGCUACCAGUGCGCCGAAUACUUGGACUCCACAUGACUCUACAGAGACGCUACUGUCUACAUGCGCUUGCGGUGCAAAGCAAGGCCUCCGGAAAGACCCAUUCAGUGUUAGAGAGGCCAACUUUGAGUUUUACGAAAAUAAUGUUUUUGAUUGCUGUCGGAAUUUGGAGCGUCAUCAAUUUAAAAUUUACCAUGAAGAAACCGAAGAUUUGGAUGAGUGGGGUUCUUGGGCCGAACGUGCUUCGAAUUCUCUUCAAGAGCAACGAGCGUUGGAAUCUAUGGAUUCUGCCGAUGAAGGACAUCUAUACGACGAAAUUAUUGAAGACAGAAUGAACAGUUCUGAAGAUGAAGAGGCUCAUGCAUCGCAGUCAUUACCAGAAGAUCAUCAUUUAUCUUAUGAUUCGGAUGAAUACUGCACCGAGACCUUUGCAAGCACCCGAAGAUAUGGAUUUGAUUUUGAUACCGAAUUUCCGAAGAGGGUUAUUGCGUUGAAAGUUGCUGGGAAAAGCGAAGAAUUUGUUGAAGGAGUGCCAAAUUCAUUGGAAAUUGGGAAACUACCGUUGUUCCCAUCGUUUAUACUCACUUGUAUUGGCGACUCUAGCAUUUACAAUCAUUCUUCUGGAAUUCGAGACCAGCCUAAUUUUAAAAUUGGCGGAGAAUAUCUGACAUCAUUGACGAUUUAUUUGGAUGUUGACGUACAGAGCUGGAAUCGAGACUUGGAGAAAGUAAAAUAUGAAGAUUCGAUUCGACGUUAUUUGUCGAAAAAUCGGAUUACGGAUGAUCAGCCAAAAGUAAAACUUUUUGUCGGAUUUGAGUAUGAAUGCUCUCGAGGACAUCGCUUUUUUGUGGACCAAAAUGGUGAACCAUUGAUAUACCACAAGGGGGCCAAUGCAAAUAAUCAAGAAAGUAGCCGACGAAAAAAUUUGGACAAUAUUUUGCAUUCUGAUUUACCACUUCGCCGAGGAUGCACUUGCCGAAAGGCGCCUCUAAAAUCGGCACAGCUAAUGAAAAUUCAUGUGGUGACACCAAAAGCCCCAGUUACGGUCACGAUUCAGCCACAAAUUAUGGUUCCUGGACUCGAGGAAAUAUUCAUGACUGGGGAGAGUCCAUUACAGUUAUCACAUUCCAGGUAUUAUAUUCUCCAACUGCCUUUCAUCUACAGCGGUCCAUCGGGAACAUACGUACAUGAGCCUGGGAAUUUAGAGCCUACUGGUUGCUGGAAGGGGGGAGCCUUCGGAGUUGUUUAUAAACCCUCAAGUAGCUCUUGGUGGUGA